AUGGAAGAUAAUUAUAUCGCGGCGGACAAAAGGAGUUGUGGUUCGGAUUGCGAGGCGGAUAUUGAAAUGACGAUAAGACAAUACAAUUGGGGCACAAAAGCAAUAGACGUUGAGAUGCAGAGUGAAACACUCGUUCGCAACAAUCACACCAAGGAGGUGAACUACACAUCAUCGGUCUCAAUCAAGCUUUCUUCAGAUGUCGAUUUGAGUGAAAGCAAACCAACGAUCGCGCAUCCCUCCCAGCAAUGA